AUGAAAGGAUCUACGCUAGUAGCAGGAGCCUUGGCUGCAUCGUCGGUUCAAGCCGCCUCCUUGCAAAAUGUUUUUCAGGCCAAUACACUGCUGGACAAAGCCAUCAGUGCUUUGGGGUUGAAUGAGCAACAAGUGUUGGAUUCGGUUCCAAAAAGUAUUCAAAAAGUGUGGGGUGAAAUGGGAAUGCUGUUCCCCAAGGAAACGUCGGAACUGGAGUUCAUCACAAAACCUAAAUCCAAAAUCAACUCAAAACCAGACUCAGAAUGGGAUUUUGUGGUGCAGGAGCACCCAGAGCACAAAUUGCGUGUCAACAAAGUCAAAGAUCCCAAAGUUCUGGGUAUCGACCCAGGUGUCAAGCAAUACACCGGGUACCUGGACGUGGAGGAAGAAGAUAAGCACUUCUUUUAUUGGUUUUUCGAAAGUAGAAAUGACCCCAAAACCGACCCAGUUAUUUUGUGGCUAAAUGGUGGGCCUGGAUGCUCGUCUUUGACCGGGCUAUUCUUCGAACUGGGUCCUUCGUCCAUUGGCUCUGAUAUCAAGCCCAUUUAUAAUCCUCAUGCCUGGAACUCCAACGCUUCGGUAAUUUUCCUUGACCAGCCUGUCAACGUUGGGUAUUCUUACUCGGGCUCUAGUGGGGUUUCCAACACUGUGGCCGCCGGAAAAGACGUUUACGCGUUCCUCGAUCUUUUCUUCAAGCAAUUUCCUCAAUAUGCCUCAGGACAAGACUUCCACAUUGCUGGUGAGUCUUACGCUGGCCAUUAUAUUCCAGUCUUUGCAACAGAAAUCUUGUCGCACCCACAGCACGAAAGGUCUUUCAACUUGACGUCUGUAUUGAUUGGUAACGGGCUAACAGACCCUUUGACGCAAUACCCAUACUACGAGCCAAUGGCUUGCGGCGAAGGUGGUGAACCAUCUGUGCUGGAACCAGCAGAAUGUGAAGGUAUGUUGGACACUUUGCCUCGGUGUUUGAGUCUCAUUGAAAGCUGCUACGAAUCCGAGUCAGUAUGGACUUGUGUUCCUGCCUCCAUCUACUGUAACAACGCGCAAAUGGGCCCAUACCAGAAGACCGGCAAAAACGUUUACGACAUGCGUAAGGAGUGCCAGGGCGAGUUGUGUUACGCAGAGAUGAAAUACAUGGAUGAGUACCUAAACUUGGACAUUGUCAAGCAGGCUGUUGGCGCCGAGGUGGACAACUUCGAGUCUUGCAACUUCGACAUCAACAGAAACUUUUUGCUUGCGGGAGACUGGAUGAAACCAUACCAUAAGGCUGUGACCAAUCUGCUGAACCAGGGGCUACCAGUUUUGAUCUACGCUGGUGACAAAGACUUUAUCUGCAACUGGCUAGGUAACCAGGCCUGGUCUGAUGCUCUUCCUUGGAAGCACGGCGACAAGUUCCAGGACCAGCCUGUUAAGACCUGGAUUUCUAGCACCACCGGAGACAAGGCAGGAAAACUAAAGAACUACGAAAACUUUACGUUCCUAAGGGUUUACGGCGGUGGUCAUAUGGUUCCAUUCGAUCAAUCCGAAAAUGCGCUUGCUUUAGUUAAUGACUGGAUCAAGGGAUCGUACAACUAUGAAUGA